AGGGCUCUACCUCUCCCUGAAGGAUGAAUAAAUAGGUAGCGUUACUGACGACCUGGUCACAAACUGAAGUGAAAACUGAGACCAAGGUCUUGCUCCAUUGGCACUCACGAGAUCCAGUCCUGGCACCAUGGAGAGGAUAAUCAUCUACCUGAUGGUCAUCUUCUCGGGGACAGUGGCCCAUAAGUCAAGCCUCCAAGGGCAAGAUCGCCUCUUGACUAGAAUGCGUCAACUUAUAGAUAUUGUUGAGCAGCUGAAAAAUUAUGUGAAUGACUUGGAACCUGAACUUCUACCAGCUCCAGAAGGUGUAAAGAGACACUGUGAGCGGUCGGCUUUCUCAUGUUUUCAGAAGGUCCAGCUGAAGCCGGCAAAUGCGGGAGACAACGAGAAGACCAUCAACGUGCUGACUAAGCAGCUGAUGAGGAAACUCCCUCCCGUAAAUUCAGGGAGAAGACAGAAACAGAGACUAACAUGCCCUUCAUGUGAUUCUUAUGAGAAAAAGCCACCCAAGGAAUUCCUAGAAAGACUGGAAUCGCUCAUCCAAAAGAUGAUCCAUCAGCAUCUCUCCUAGAACACGUGAACUAUGAAGGUUCCUGAGGACCUGCCUUGAAGCUGGACACUAUGUUACACACUCUAACACAGCAGUGAAACUCACCUCUGGGUAUUCCGAAUGGAAGAAUACAAUAUAUUAGUGAUGGGGGAAAAUCUCAGAAAAGUGUUCUAAGUCAGGAUUACUUCCCCAAAUUACUAUGCAGUACUUCAGUUUAAUUCACAUGCUCUGUGUUUGGUCAA